UAGGGUAUAUACCCAGCUACUUGGAUAAAGAUGAGCUAUGCGUGGUGUGUGGAGACAAGGCUACAGGGUAUCAUUAUAGAUGUAUCACCUGCGAGGGCUGCAAGGGCUUUUUUAGAAGAACUAUUCAGAAGAACCUCCACCCAAGCUAUUCUUGUAAAUAUGAAGGAAAAUGUGUUAUAGACAAAGUAACAAGAAACCAGUGCCAAGAAUGUCGCUUCAAAAAGUGCAUCGCUGUUGGAAUGGCAACAGACUUGGUUUUGGAUGACAACAAACGUUUGGCAAAAAGAAAGCUCAUAGAAGAAAACAGAGAAAAAAGACGGAAAGAUGAGAUUCAGAAAUCACUUGUUCAGAAACCUGAACCCACACAAGAAGAAUGGGAGUUGAUACAAGUUGUCACUGAAGCACAUGUGGCCACCAACGCACAGGGAAGCCACUGGAAACAGAAAAGAAAAUUUUUGCCAGAGGACAUUGGACAAGCUCCCAUAGUUAAUGCGCCCGAGGGUGGAAAAGUGGACUUAGAAGCCUUCAGCCAGUUUACAAAAAUAAUCACCCCAGCAAUUACAAGAGUGGUUGAUUUUGCCAAAAAGCUACCUAUGUUUUGUGAGCUGCCAUGUGAAGACCAGAUCAUCCUUCUUAAAGGCUGUUGUAUGGAGAUCAUGUCGCUCCGAGCAGCAGUGCGUUAUGACCCCGAAAGUGAAACUCUAACGUUAAAUGGUGAGAUGGCAGUGACAAGGGGGCAGCUAAAAAAUGGAGGACUUGGAGUGGUUUCAGAUGCCAUCUUUGACUUAGGGGUAUCGCUUUCUUCAUUCAGUCUUGAUGAUACCGAAGUCGCCUUGUUGCAGGCUGUGCUGCUUAUGUCAUCAGAUCGGCCUGGUCUUGCUAGCGUGGAGAGAAUAGAAAAGUGCCAGGAAGGUUUCCUCUUGGCUUUUGAACACUACAUUAAUUACAGGAAACAUAACAUUGCACACUUUUGGCCAAAACUGCUGAUGAAAGUCACCGACCUCCGCAUGAUUGGAGCGUGCCACGCCAGCCGGUUCCUGCACAUGAAGGUGGAGUGCCCCACUGAACUGUUUCCCCCACUGUUCUUGGAAGUGUUUGAGGACUAGAACAGACUGUGCUUCUGGAUUCUCAGCA